GGCACGAUUCGGGUCCGUGUCGCUGGCGCGUCCUCCGCCUGUCGCGACAUCAGGGCGGCGAUAAUGGUGGAUUACCAUAGCGCGGGGCAGCCCCACCCGUACGGCGGGAACGGGCCCGGUCCCAAUGGCGACUAUAUGGCCCAGGAGGACGAUUGGGAUCGGGAUCUGCUUCUGGACCCCGCCUGGGAGAAACAGCAACGCAAGACCUUCACGGCCUGGUGCAACUCGCACCUGCGCAAAGCCGGGACGCAGAUCGAGAACAUCGACGAGGAUUUCCGGGAUGGGCUCAAGCUGAUGCUGCUGCUCGAGGUCAUCUCGGGCGAGCGGCUCCCGAAGCCGGAGCGGGGCAAGAUGAGGGUGCACAAGAUCAACAACGUCAACAAAGCCCUGGACUUCAUCGCCAGCAAAGGCGUCAAACUCGUCUCCAUCGGCGCCGAGGAGAUCGUGGACGGCAACGCCAAGAUGACGCUGGGGAUGAUCUGGACCAUCAUCCUGCGCUUCGCCAUCCAGGACAUCUCCGUGGAAGAGACCUCGGCCAAGGAGGGGCUCCUGCUCUGGUGCCAGCGGAAAACGGCUCCGUACAAGAACGUCAACGUCCAGAACUUCCACAUCAGCUGGAAGGACGGGCUGGCCUUCAACGCUCUCAUCCACCGGCACCGGCCGGAGCUGAUCGAGUACGACAAGCUCCGGAAGGACGACCCCGUCACCAACCUCAACAAUGCCUUCGAGGUGGCCGAGAAGUUCCUGGACAUUCCCAAGAUGCUGGAUGCCGAGGACAUCGUGAGCACGGCGCGGCCGGACGAGAAGGCCAUCAUGACCUACGUCUCCAGCUUCUACCACGCCUUCUCCGGGGCCCAGAAGGCGGAGACGGCGGCGAACCGGAUCUGCAAAGUGCUGGCCGUGAACCAGGAGAACGAGCAGCUCAUGGAGGACUACGAGCGCCUGGCCUCGGAUCUGCUGGCGUGGAUCCAGCGCACCAUCCCGUGGUUGGAAUCCCGGGAUCCGCAGAAGACGAUCCCGGCCAUGCAGCAGAAGCUGGAGGAUUUCCGCGAGUACCGGCGCGUGCACAAACCGCCCAAGGUGCAGGAGAAGUGUCAGCUGGAGAUCAACUUCAACACCCUGCAGACCAAACUGCGCCUCAGCGGCCGCCCCGCCUUCAUGCCCUCCGAGGGCAGGAUGGUCUCGGACAUCGGGGCGGGCUGGCAGAGGCUGGAGCAGGCGGAGAAGGGACACGAGGAGUGGCUGCUGACGGAGCUGCGGCGCCUGGAGCGCCUGGAUCACCUGGCCGAGAAAUUCCGGCAGAAGGCGUCGAUCCACGAGGGAUGGACGGAAGGUAAGGAGGUGGCCCUGCGGGACCGGGACUCGGGCACGGCGUCGCUGGCUCAGGUGCGGGCGCUGCUCCGCAAGCACGAGGCCUUCGAGUCGGACCUGGCGGCGCACCAGGACCGGGUGGAGCAGAUCGCGGCCAUCGCCCAGGAGCUCAACGAGCUGGAUUACUACGACUCCCCGAGCGUCAACGCGCGCUGCCAGAAGAUCUGUGACCAGUGGGACCUGCUGGGCUCGCUGACCCACAGCCGCCGCGAGGCCCUGGAGAAAACGGAGAAGCAGCUGGAAACCAUCGACGAGCUGCACCUGGAGUACGCCAAGCGCGCCGCGCCCUUCAACAACUGGAUGGAGAGCGCCAUGGAGGACCUGCAGGACAUGUUCAUCGUGCACACCAUCGAGGAGAUCCAG